CAGACUGGUUGCGGAUUUUUUUCCCCCAACUCCAUCCUCCACCACACAUCACGAGGAUCGAAGUAGCAGUACGAGCUGCGUCUCGAUCUGUCCAGCAAUUAAGUAUUUGUAGCCCUGCACAAACCCGCUGAAAAAUCAUGGAUGGCACCGCCGGUCGGGUUGCCAUCCUAAUUCCUCUUGUGGGCGGCGUCGAUCUAGGCACGACCUUCUCCGUGGCCGCCGUCAACGAGCAUGGGAGUGUGCGCGUGAUCAAAGACAAGUGGGGAAACCCCCUGGUCCCCUCCAUCGUCUCCUUGGCCCCUGACGGGGGGGUGUGGGUGGGAAAGGAGGCCCGCGAACGCCUGGCCUUGCACCCGUCCCGCACUGUCUACGACGCCAAACGUUUCAUCGGCCGA